GCGCGCUCGGUCCAGUGCCUUCCAUCGCGUGCGAUUGUAAUUAUUCGGUGUCCGUCUAAUAUUCUAAAACGUUGGAAUUUAACCGCUGGGUCUUGAUUCAGGGCGCGUGCUAUGUACUUACUGAUUUCGUCACUGGAGUUUUGCCGUGCCAACACUACUGAGAGGAACGUUACACGAUUAAUUAACACAUACUUAAAACGUAAUAUUUUUGUUUUUUAAUUUUAUAGUUUGACGUUAUUAAACGAUUUAUUGAAAUAAAUUAAUAAUUGACAUGGAGACGUCUAAUAGCGACACGAAGGUUAACACGUCUUCGCUAGCUCUGAUGGACGAUGUGACGAUGGCAAAAACGUUGGCCAUGGUUGUACUAGGUUUGGGAUCGUUUGUACUAGGCGUUAUACCCGUCAAGCUAGCCAAGUGGUGGCAUAAAGAUGGCAACUCGGGCGAAGAAUCGCAUCAGGGACAUUCGCACCAUCCGGGAUCGUCUGCGUCUUCUUCACCUAUCGUGUCUCUUUUGUUAUGUUUUGGCGGCGGAGUAUUGUUAUUCACCACGUUGCUCCACCUUCAACCCGAAGUCCGCGAGGGUGUUCACAACCUUCAGGAGGCGGGUAUGUUGCCAGAAGAUCUCAGCAGCCUGGGCGAUUUGAUAUUCUGCGCCGGAUUUUUCCUCGUUUAUUUCCUCGACGAGAUUGUGCAUUCUAUUUUGGACAAGUGUUCGGCAGACUCUGAAGACGAAUCUGAAGUAGUGCUACACAGAUCGAUGAGCAUGCGACGGUGUACCAUGUCCAUACCGCGGGCAUCACUUACGGGGUCUCCGACGUCCGUGCCCUCCGUGACGGGCGCGUCCACGGCCAGCAUCAACGAAUUGCUCAAUGAUUCCAAAGACAAAAGGUACCACGCAUCGUGGAAUAAUCGACAGAUUCGUGAUCCGGAAGAACAGUCCAAAUCGACUAAUGUAGGACAAAGAAAAUCGGCCAAUCGAUCGUUUCGCGGGCUGUUCGCCGUACUGGCACUGUCGUUCCACGAAGUUUUCGAGGGAUUGGCUAUCGGAUUGGAAGAACGCAUCGAGAACGUCUGGUAUCUGUUUAUCGCCGUAGCCACGCACAAGUUAGUCAUAGCCUUUUGCGUCGGGUUGGAACUGGCGUGGUCCAAAACUCGCGUGCCCGUACUCGUCAUGUACGUGGCUACGUUCGCCGUAGUUACUCCUGUUGGAAUUGUCGCCGGCAUGUGGCUAGUCAGAUAUGGUGCCGGUGGUGCCAUUGAUGGAUCUCCUGGUACUGUGGCCGUUAUUCUUCAAGGGCUGGCCGCCGGUACUUUGUUGUACGUUGUCUUUUUUGAAGUGUUGGCCAGACACAAACAGGCCGGUUUCCUACAUUUGAUGGCCAUUUUUGUCGGAUUCUGUAUGAUGCUCACACUGCAAAUGACGAGUAAGUGAAAAAUUAAUAUACAA